GCUGGUGCAUGCCUUUCGCGGUGAAUGGCCUUUUGGCCCCAACCAUUUUUCAUUUUAUUUGUUUUGAAAAGAAACGUAACGUGAGAUGUUAAUAAAUGUGUGCCGAAUUUGCGGCAGGAGCAGGCUAUGCCCCAAAGCCGUGCAGAUAUUCAGUUCCGGAAGACAGGGCACCCUGCGCCGCAUCGAACUAAUCACCGGAAUUCGCCUUCAGCAGAUCCCCAAUGCGCCGGACAUGUUGUGUUUCUGCUGCCAGACGGACCUCAAUUCGGCCAUGAUGUUCCGCAGGCAGUGCAUCUUGCAGCAGAAAAAAUGGAUGCCGGUGGAGGAGGCCAAGGAGCUGGACAAAAUGGAGGUGCAACCGAAAGAGAAACCGAAACCUCUUGUUCCCAAGAGAAAAUACCAACGACGAAAGAAGCAAUCCACACUGCCCGUAGCCGUGGACAUUGUCGUUCCGACCGAUAAUAAACCCUCAGCGGAAGCAACAGGUGGUGAUGAUGAGUUUGACCAACCUGUGGAUAUCUCCACAGAAUCAGAAACCCCGGAAUGCGAUAAAAAUCUGGAGGUAGAUGCAAAAGAUGAUGACGAGGAGCUUUUGGAUUUAGAUAACGAAAUACCAAAUAUUAAAGUCUACAAGUGCGCCACUUGUGGAGUCAUUAAGAACAACAAAUCAUCCUUGGAUAGGCACCAAUAUGAACACACCGGGAAAAUACCCUUUCCCUGCAAGGAGUGCCCAAGGGGCUUUUUGGCAGCCAGUGAACUGAAGGCCCACAAUCUCAGCAAUCACACCGCUGAGCCUCCGUUUCAAUGUCGCUACUGCGAACGUCGUUACUUCUCCAUGGCUGGCCGAAAAAAGCACGAGAGGGUACACACCAACGAACGAAACUUUGUUUGCGACCAGUGCGGCAAGUCCUUCACAAGGACCUGCAUCUUGAUGGCCCACAUGGAGUCGCACAGCAUUGUUAAGAAGUUCGGCUGCGAAGUCUGUGAUCGGUCGUUCAGCUUAAAAAAACACCUGGUGGCCCAUCUCGACUCCAACACGCACAAACUAAAUUCAGAAUUGGCUUCAUCAUCAUCGGAAACCAUGUCAGUGGCCAGUUGUGAUACCUAUUCAAGCUGGUCCAAAGCCCCAAGUCGCCAAUCCUGUCGACGAAGUUUGGUGCAGUCACAUUUUGAUAUAUUAUGUCAGGAAAUUUAACUCAGUAGAAAUUCCAAAAAAGAAAACAUCUAUAAAGGACCAUAUAAAAUCUAGCGCUGCAAAUAUUAGUAGUUUUUACUUCUCUGAAAAUCUUCAGCUACAGUUUCCCUACCGUGUAGUUAUUAAAUACUUAUUAGUUGCCAUAUCAUAUUUCCCAAACAUUCCAAACUUCUUAAAUAUCACAAAAGUGCCAAAAAUCUCACAAAUAUCAAUUGUAAUCUCAGGCAAAACAUGCAUUUAUAAUUCCUAAUGUUAAUCUUUAGAUUUAAGAAUUUUAAAAAUUUAAAUCUCAAAAAAGUUUUGAAAAUGGCACUCAUUAAUGGUUACCUUAAAUGCUUUUAAAAAUGCAGAAAUUCAAUUUAUUCACGACGUCUUCCAAAAGUCUUAACUUAAAAAACAAAAACUAUUCAUUAUUACCCAAGAGUUAUAAGAAAUAUAAAACCCGCAGAGGCGGAACGUAGGACCCAAAAGCGAACAAAA